CCCACAUUUCUCAGAUUUGGGAGAUUCACUGCUCCUUUUAUAAUCUCCCUCCCCCCUCUCCUCUCCUCCCCAUUCCAUCGUAAUCCUCGUCGUCCUCCUCGUUCUCUCUCUACUUUUCCUUCGAAAAAACAGAGAUUGUAUUCGAAGGUAAAAUCACGAAUUCCCCAUUCGCAAUGUCGUCGUCCUUGUCGUCGUCGAGGAUCGUCGCCAAAUACAACGGUGGGGACGCCGAUCGCGAGCUCCACGUCCUCGCCGUCGACGAUAGCUCCAUCGAGCUCGCCAUUAUCGCUCGGCUCCUCAGGAGCUCCAAAUAUAGAGUGACAACUGUCGAUAGCGCCCAGAGGGCAUUGGAGCUUCUAAGCAUGGAACCCAAUGUUAGUAUGAUUAUUACGGAUUACUCCAUGCCGGAGAUGACGGGGUACGAUCUCCUCAAAACAGUGAAGGGGUCGUCGAAGCUGAGCAAUAUUCCGGUGGUCAUCGUGUCCUCCGAGAGAGUGCGCGAUCGAAUCGACACGUGUCUCAACGAGGGCGCCGAAGCGUUCUUGAUCAAGCCCGUUAAUCCCAAGGAGUUCUCCGAUGUGUGUAGAUCCACCAUUAGCAAGCACAGCCGUCUGAUCAAGUCCCAACUGUCCUGAUCUACCGACGGAUAAAGCUUUCAAAUUUUCUCCUUUUUUCUUAAAUUUUUUUGGGCCUUUUUUGGUUUUGGGGAGGGUUUGGUGAAACCCUGUACAGGUUUGUAGGAAUCAUGAGAUAGUUUUGAAACAAUU